AUGCGGUGCCCUCCUGCUGUUCGUACAGCAGCAGCAGCUGCUGCUGCUGCUGUUGCUGCUGGCAGCCAAGCAGAAGCCUUCCGACCAGCUGUAGCAGCAGCAGCAGCAGCAUGCCGCUGCUUCCAUACCCGACGGGCAAUACAACAGGCAACAAAGGCAGCAGCAGCAGCAACACCAGCAGCAGCAGCAACACUAGCAGCAGCACCAACAGCAGCAGCAGCGGCAUCAAAAUCAGCAGCACUGCAAGGAAGGCGAUUGCUGCUGGGGGAAUCUUCUGGCGUUGCCCCUCCUCCUAUUGCUGCUGCUCUUGCUGCUGCUGCUGCUGCUGCGGCUGCUGCUGCGCGGCGUCCCCUACAGCAGCAGCGGAUACUACCAAAUCGGUAUUUGCUGCACCCUACACCCCCUAGCUAUCAGCAGCAGGCUAGCAGCAGGCUGCUGCUGCUGCUGCAGCAAUAUCCUGCAGCAACAACAGCAACAACACGAGCAGCAGCAGCAGCAGCAGCAGCAGGCUCUUUUCCUGCUGCUCGCUGGCAGCAGCGUGGGGGCUCUUUUCUUCACUGGGGAGGUAGGAAAGGGGAGCCGCAGCAAACAGAGCAGCAACAGCAGCAGCAGCAGCAGCAGGAACCGCAGCAGGUGCAGCAGGAAGGUUCCACCGUACCAGAGCAGCAAACUGUUAACUCUGAAGACAGCAGCAGCAGCAGCAGCAGCAGCAGCAGCAAAUCAGAUGUUGCUGCUAAGGAUGUUGCGCAUGCAGAGCAUGAGACUGCCGCUCCCGUUGACGCUGCUGCAGCAGGUGACCCCCGAAGCAGCAGCAGCAGCAGCAGCAGCAGCAGCUGGUCGGAGGCACUGACCGGCCGCUUCUGGCCUUCAAAACGGGGAGCAGCAGCAGACGCAGCAGAAGCUGCAGCAGAAGGUGCAGCAGCGCCUGCUGCAGCAAUAGACGCAGCAGCAGAAGCUGCAGCACCAAAGUCAGCAGCAGAGGCAGCAGCAGCAGCAACAGCAGCAAAAACAGGAACUGCAGCAGCAGCACAUCAUAGGAUAGGUUUUCCUUCCUCUCCUUCUGUUGAUCAUAUAAGGCCUCCAGCAGCAGCAGAUCCAGAAGCAGCAGCAGCAGCAGCUGCUGCUGCUGCAGCAGCAGCAGCAGCACAUGGGCAUGGAGCUCCUGCAUGGUGGCAGCUGCAGCAACUGCAGCAAGAGUUGCUGCAUUUGCUGCAGCGAGCAGCAGCACUAGAGCGCAGCAUACCCAACAGCAGCAGGAAACCCUUGCUGCUGAUACUUGCUGGUGCAGCAGCAGAAUUCUCCAAGCAGCUAUUAGAUGAUAUUCUUGCCGACAAAAAUGUAAGCAGCUGCAGCAACAGCAGCAACAGCAGCAACAGCAGCAGCAGCAGCAGCAACAACAACAGCAACGGCAGCAGCAACAGCAGCAGCAGGCAGAGAACGGGGAAAAGCAACAUGAGUAUUAGUAGUAGAGAGAUGCAGCGACGUGCUGCUGCUGUAUAA